UUCCAGGGAGCAGGUACGAGUACCUGCUGUCGGCAAACAUACCCCGUGCCCAGUGUGUGUUGCCCAGUGUGUGCCCAGUGCAAACAGCCGCUUGUCCCCAGCGCCCAUAGUGCCGCCUAUUGCAGCGCUCCGGACCCUACUAGAGUCUAGCAGCCCAGUCCUGCGUGCUCCAUAUGAGUACGAGUACCUCCGUCGUAGCGCUUCGUACCCAGUACAGCAGGUACCGCUGCCGGGCCAGCGAGGCACAUACUGGCACUGGUCGCAGGUACCCAGCACCACCCCCCAACCCCAAGCCCAGAAAACUGUCACCCCUCCAGGAGGGAAAAAAAAAAAAAAAAGUGAGAGCGUGGGCGAAGGAGAGAGUGUGUGGGUGGUAGCUUUUUAGGCCGUUCGGCGCGUGCGCGCGUCCCUCCGCAGCCCGCACUCACAAUCACUCGCCCAUAGUAAAAAGGCUGCUUGGCCCUCCCCCCAUACAGACUCGCUCCCCUUCUCCCUCUCCCAUACAAAUUCUCCCAUACAAAAUCCUCCCAUACAAACUGCACCCGCGUCUUCGUCGCAACACAACGCGCCUAUCUGGUGAGUACCUUGACUUCGCCGCGCAUCACAGCCAAGCACCAGGUCACCAGCAACCACGUCUUUUGCCUCGUGCACUGC